AUGUCAUUUCCAAAGGAGCUCCCCGACUGGAACAACCUCAAGGUCAUCCACAAAGGGACUCUCCCACCACGAGCCCACUUCUAUUCAUACACCUCAGAAGAAGCCGCACGCACUUUUAACCGCGACAAGAGUGAAUACGUGUCUCUCAACGGCACUUGGAAGUUCAGACAUGAUGCAUCACCCUUUGAGGCUCCAGAAUGGUCCUCCGUAAACCCCAUGAGCUGGGAUGACAUCAAAGUCCCGGGAAUGUGGCAGCUGCAGGGAUACUCUCAUCCGACGUACACCAACGUCAAUUAUCCAUUCCAUGUCAAUCCUCCCGAGGUGCCAGUUCUCAAUGAGACAGGAUCGUACUGGAGAAAGUUUUUAACGCCUGAGAGAUGGACAGGGCAGCAAAUUCGCAUCCGCUUUGAGGGAGUAGACAGCGCAUUUCACCUCUGGGUCAAUGACAAACUUGUCGGCUACUCCCAGGGGUCUCGAAACCCGAGUGAGUUUGAUAUCACUCAGAUGCUUGCCGCGCCUGGUGCCGUUAAUACGGUCGCGGUUCGUGUGUACGAAUUUUGUGAUGGGUCGUAUAUUGAGCGUCAGGAUCAAUGGCUUCUCAGUGGCAUCUUUCGGGAUGUUGGCUUGCUUUCCUUUCCGGUCGUCUCGAUUGUUGACUUCAGUGCCGUUGCCACGAUUGAGAAUCCUACAAAGGAUAAUACAGUUGGUAGAAUGAUCACUGGGGUCAAAGUACAAGGAGAAGAUCGCAACGUCCAGAUCAAGCUGUAUCACCCGGAUGGCAAGCUACUACAUGAAUCGGAAUUUCCAUCAUCCGAUUCGGGUAUCAUUGAAGUGUCCAAUAGUGACUUGAAAUUGUGGUCGGCUGAGAGUCCUGACCUGUAUACCUUACUUAUCUCUUUCAAUCAGAGAACAAUUCCCCAACGCAUUGGUUUCCGACGCAUCGAGAUCAGCAACUCAAACUUCCUGGUCAAUUGGAAGCCAAUCAUCUUGUAUGGCGUCAACCGCCAUGAGCACCACCAUCUCUAUGGUCGGGCGGUGCCAUAUGAAAAUAUGCGAGCAGAUCUAAUUCUGAUGAAGAAACACAACAUCAAUGCUCUGCGAUGCUCUCAUCAGCCAAAUGACCCCCGACUCUACGAAGUCUGCGAUGAGCUUGGUCUCUAUGUGAUGGCUGAAGCGGAUCUCGAGUGCCAUGGCUUUGAUCCAGUCGAACGAUCUAACAUUCCGAACCAACAUCUCAUGACUGAAUAUGAAAUCCAAGAAAUGUCUUACAAAAUGGCCAAGAAAUGGACUUCCGAUAACCCGGAAUGGAAAGAUGCCUACCUCGAUCGCGCGACGCAACUAGUUGAGCGAUUCAAAAACUUCCCUUGUGUUAUUAUGUGGUCGCUCGGAAAUGAGGCAUUCUACGGAAGAAAUCAUGUCAGUAUGUACGAGUGGAUCAAAGAUGCGGACACGACUCGUCUAGUUCACUAUGAGGGAGACAGGGAAGCUCUCAGUGCCGAUCUUUACUCUACCAUGUACUGGAGUGUGGACGCACUCAAAAAGCAUGUUGCUGAGAAAAGCGAUAAGCCUUUGAUUCAAUGCGAGUAUGGUCAUGCCAUGGGUAACGGGCCGGGAGGUUUGAAGGAGUACAUCGAAGCCUACCGCAGUGAAAAGCUUUUACAAGGAGGCUUCAUUUGGGAAUGGUGCAACCAUGGGCUUCUGAAGAGAGAAGGUGACACGUCUUACUAUGCUUAUGGCGGUGAUUUCAAAGACGAACCCAAUGAUGCGGACUUCAUUCUUGACGGGAUGGUGUAUUCCGAUCACACGCCUACUCCUGGCUUGACCGAGUACAAGAAAGCCAUCGAGCCAGUCACAGUGAGACUAAAUAAGACUGGUAAGCAUUUGCAAGUGAUGAACCAUUACGACUUCAGCACUCUUGAUCAUCUGGCCGUGACAUGGCAUCUCGUCGGGGAAACCGGAAGCACGAAACCAGCAGCGUUAAAAUUGCCGCUUGUUAACCCUGGAGCGUCUACUUUGAUUGAGCUCCCAGAAGGUGUAAAGCUUACCUCUGAGCCAACCUGGUUGACCAUCAGAUUUUGUCUAAGAGAGGCUACAGCUUGGGCACCAAGUGGACAUGAGAUUGCCUGGGCCCAGAUUGCACUACACGAGCGACAGAAACUAUCACUUCCUGCAGCUUUGAGCUCAAAAAGCUCUCCACUGUCUAUUUGCGAAAGCCUGGGCAAAUUACACAUCGCCUCAACUGGCUUUUCCUCUCAAUUUACCUACGACAUCAUCAGGGGUAACCUGUCGUGGUCCACAGAUGCAGGCAAGAUUCUACGCAGCGGGCCACAAUUAGGAAUAUACCGCCCCAUGACGCAGAACGAUCUCGGACCAGCAGGUCCCUUUGUUGAAUGGGAACGCUUCCGCAUACAGAGCACUCGCAUGCUGAUCAAAUCAGCAACAUGGCAAGUAAAUGACAAUGGAAGCGUUUCUAUCACAACGAAUGUCCGAGUCGCGCCCACGGUGCUAGAGUGGGCAAUGGAAGCAACACUCAAAUACACAAUCACCGAGUCAUCCGUUACUCUCCACGUCAAAGGCGACUUCACCGGCACGCAUCCAAAAUACAUUCCCAGACUUGGCCUCACCCUCCGAUUACCCCGUCGCUAUGACGCAGCUACCUGGUUCGGCAGGGGUCCUGGAGAAUCCUACCGUGACAAAAAGAGCGCUUCCCGAUUCGGCACAUACACGGCAUCUCUUGAAACUGGUCUUCAGACACCAUAUGAAUGGCCUCAGGAGAACGGUAAUCGCAUGGAUACACAUUGGGCUCGGCUUCAUUCUUCGCCUCCAGAUACCUCUUAUUCUGCGUCUGCUGGUGCAGAUGUAACGUUCCCUGGUAUUGAGGCUAUGAUGGAUACGCCGUUUAAUUUCUCGUUGCGGAAAUACAGCAUUGCGGAGCUUGACGGGGCGAAACAUCCACAUGAGCUAUCUGAGCUUAAGGAUGAGACUGAAUUGAAUAUCGACCUUGCGCAUCAUGGAAUCGGCACGGCUAGUUGUGGUCCUGGUCCUUUCGAGGGUCACAGAUUGGAAGCUGGGCCUUUUGAUUUCACGGUUCAUUUCAGACUCAUGGAUAUUUAA